AUGCCCAUGGACAUCCCUAUCAAGAGUCAAAUCACAUCUGAAUCUGCAGUACGCAGAGAAUGUAGAGGCUGGGUGAAGCGGCUCAGCACGCCACGGCGCGGCGCGGAGCGGCGGCGGCGGUGGCAGAGGCGGUGGCUGGGCGGGGAGGUGGAAGAGUGCAUCAGUACAGAGACCGACCAGUUACCAGUACACCGGCAGGUCUGGACAAUGGCAGUGGCAGCAGUAGUGUUGGUCGUGGGGUUCAUGUGUACACAUGGGGCACACGCUCGCCUUGACGACCUCUCCCGCGCUCGCUGCACGGCCGCCUGUAUGGAUCAACAGAACAAGAACCAGUGUGAAUCAGAGUGUGGCCUGCUGACUCAGACAAAGCCCGGGAAAUGUCCACCUGAAGAUACUCUGAGCAUGUUCGAACGUGCUUGUUUCCAGAACUGUGUCCGAGACGUUGACUGCCCGGGCACUGACAAGUGUUGUGUCCACCAGUGUGGAGUCACGUGUCAACAUGCUAUCGGCCUCAAUAAGGAGCCAGGUUUACCCGCGGUUCCAAUGAAUGUGACGGUGAAGGGAACGAAAUGGCAGCGCUACAAGGCCGUGCAGUGGAUCCCUAGCAACGCUGGGCAAGGUAGGGUAGUAUAUUUAGUCCAGGAGAGGAAACACGCCGGCCUACAGCUCACGACGCAGCUGUUUGGUUCUUGGCGGACACGCAGUCGCAGAAAAAGGAACAAACACAUGCUGACCAGUCUCACCCCCGGUCACUGGUACCAGGUCAGGGUGGCAGCGGUCAACGCGAACGGCUCAAGGGGCUACUCCCUACCUUCUGAUCCUUUCAAGUUAGAUGUGGAGCCAAACAAACCCGAGGAACCUAACAAUCUGACUGUGUCAAAGCAGGGCUGGGUUGACGGCAGGCUAACAGCAGAGUUGCACUGGGAACGCCCAAUCUCCGACCUCCCUCUGCAUCACUAUAAAGUCUUCUGGAGUCACUGUGUCAGGCUGAGCCAACAGGAAAAUACACCCUCAAAUCCUUGCAAGCCAAAGUCAGUCAUCGUCAAGCACAAAACUGUUACAUAUAAAAACACACACUUCAUCUUGAAGGACUUGGAGCCGUUUUCACUGUACUUCAUACAAGUGCAAGCAAUCACAAUACCAUAUGGCCCAAAAAAGCUGGCUUCAGAAAAAGCUGCAGUAUUUAUUGAUACCAAUAAACUUAAAAAUGCCACUUAUAAUUGGAGGAUGCAGCCACAAAAUGUGGUGAAAGACCUAAGAGUGCUGGGCUUUCAUCGGACAACUUUGGAUGAUCUGGAGGCCAGGCUUGUCUGGAGUGCCUCGCCUGGACGAUUCCAGGUCAGAUGGGCUCCACAUUCUUCCUGCAGUUGUAUCAAGAACAACCCCACCUACCAGGCCAUCACAGAGGCCUUCCAGUACAACAUUGACCAUUUGGUGUUUAACUGCAAGUAUCAAGUUAUAGUUAAUGCAAUCAGCAGUUCAAAAAGCGCAAGGUUCACGUUCACUACUCCACUGUGCACUCAAGUCAAUUCCAAAUUACCAUGUUGAAUUUGAAAUAUUCAGCAUAAAAAUUGCUGACGUGUAUUGCAGCUUGUGUUUACAAACAAGUACAAACUUCUAUUGUGUGAUAUGUUUUAAUGUAGAUCUAAAUUUUAAGAGCUCAUUGUUUUAUAGCAUUCAGUGGUGUGAUCUACAUUAGUUGGAAGAUUCCUGAAAUUCUGUUUUCAGUGCUUAAUCUUAUCUCUUUACUCCUUUACAUGGCUCCCUGACUACCAAAAGUGUGAGUACAGUCUUCAAGUGUUUACAACUGAUUCACAAUAAAUUUAGAAACAUGACUGGGCCGAAAUUAAACUCAGAAGUAUGAAGACCUUUACAGAGGCUACAAACUCAUUCACUGUUUAGCCAUGUUAAGGCAUUGGGGCGGCCAGCUUUUCUAAAUCUGUGGUUAACCUCUGUCAACAAUUUUCAGUAAUCCAUGUUCACUCAUCUGAAUCUAGAAGCCAAGAGCUAGUUAAACUUCAUGCUCAAAAAACUCUAGGGUGGAAAGCCUUUAGUUUUUCAAACAAAAAAUAAAAUAAAAAUACCUGAUGUCCCAAAAACCACAAGACUUCAAGAUACUUAAAUUAUUCCUAGCCCCAAAUCAAGAAACCCUAGCUUAAAAUCUGAUUUUUAAGUAAUGGUAUUUAAGAACACAGAUGGCCGCCUAAAUAUAAUCAAGAUUCCUUGUUUUGAUCAUUUCGAUAUACCAUAUCUCCCUACGCCACUGCUUAUUAUUUAUCCAUAUUUGACUUUUAACAGUAAUUGGAUGUGAUAGCUUCAUGAGUUAAUGGAUGGUUAGUAAUUUGGAGUAAUACUCAUUCUUUUUCUAUUGUAAUGAGAAGUUUUUUGCCUGGUCCCCAUGAAAGUAUUGCCCACUGUAUCACAUGUAUUGCAGACACAAGCUGUGUCUCCUCAUAAACAACAUGUAUAUUUACAAAACUAAUUUCACAAGUAUGUUAUAAAACUGUUCAGAAAACUUUCCAGAAUAUCCCAAGUCCUUCCUCCUAUAUCACUGACAUUAUUUUCAGUAUUCAGUAUUUAACAAACCAACGCUCCAUCAAGAAAAUCACUUCUGUCACUCGUCUUACUUAAAAUUCAUCAUUAAUUAUAAUAAAAAUAAAAUACAAUUGAUUUUGAGGCAGUUUUCUUUGCUAAUCUUUGUAAAAACUAGUUUAUUAAUACUCCACAUACAAGUAUUUGAUACUUGUUUUAAGGGGUAACACUUGCAAUCUAAUGUUCCUAUGGAUAUUUGUACUUAUAAUAAAUCCAUAAUUCUUUGUUUGAAUGUUAUUUUUUUUAUUUUUUGUAUAAAUCCAUAAUUAUUGUAAUUCAGAAAACGCCAUGAUUAUUUUGAUAAAAAUCUCACAUGCAUACAUUUUGAAAUUAAAGGUGUCAAAUCUUUCUUACACCAUCUUGUGUAGUAGCAGGGAAAGUAAAACCAUGUUUUGCUUGUUGAACUUUAGUUUAUUGUUCAUGUACCACAACAAAUGUAUUUGUUAGAGUUAUUAAAGUGUGUAUAUUUAUAUACUUAUUAAUUUACUUAGUUGAUCUUUCUUAUUAUAUUUUUAAAAUGUAGUGUAACAUAUUUUAAUAUAAGACAAGCAUAUUAUGUUUUUUUUUAAUAAGACAUACAGUUCGUUCUACCUCUUUCAGUUGCCCUUACCAUGAAUGGUUGAAAAUUUUUUUGUGUAUUAAAAAAAAGAAUUGUUCACAUAGUGAUUUUUAUGGAGUGUAUCUGAAUCCAAGUGACUAAGUCUCGAAUGUGUUUUAGAGGCUAAAAUAAGAUUUUUAUACUUUAUAAAAUCUUUGCCAAAAAUAAAUCCUUAAGACCACACUGCCCUCCAAAGUUUGAAAAGUUUUGUUUCAUAUAUUAAAUAGAAAAUGUGUUUAGUUAAAAUAGUAUUACAUGUUAUUCAGCCAAAUACUAAUAGGGGUUUUAAAAAAGUAUGUGAAUCAAAGUUCUUCCAAUUUACUGACUGAUUUUUUCUAUUUUAAGAAAGAACUCUGCUGAAAACAUCCUUUAAUAUUCUCAAAUGGCUCUUGAUGGUCAUCAAACUCUGCAUUGUUAAAAACCCAGACAUCCAUUUUUUAUGUUUGUCAGAAAGUGGUUGGUAGUGUAGGAGGUAUAAAAAGUUUUCCUUAUUAGUCCAAUACAUUUCAAUAAAUCCACAACAAUAAAUUAUGUCCCAUUUUAAAUACAGCAGAGAAUUUUCAUGUGGGUUGAGAUACAGUCUGUACAUUUGAUACAUUAACAUUAAGUACUUAAAGUUAAGAACAUACUAUAACACUUUCAGUCCCAGCAGUCAUGUUAAUCUGCAACAAGUGUAAUUAUCCUGCUCACAUUGCAUUUUUGUAUAUGUAUUUUUACAACUUUUUUUAUUAGUCAACUUCUUAAGAGAUGCAAUUGCUGUACCAUAUAAAUUUUAAAACUAGAUUUUAUCACUGUCAUAAGUUUUGUUGUAUUUUUUUAAAUUCUUGACUAUAGUAUUCUUUAGUAUCACAAGUUCAGUAUAUUUUACAUGAUUGUUAAACAUUAGUUCUUAGCAUAUUGAAGUGCAAAUAGAUUUAGAUUAGGUUAGCAGUAAAGCGUUCCCUGAUUAAUGAUGAAGUAACAAAUACAGGAACUAGCUCUUUUGUACAUUAAGCUACAAUGAUCUUUUUCAUAGAUUUUCUAAAUGAAAGUAAUGUGUUGUAUAGUAUGUAUGGUUUUUACAUUUCUUUUAUGAAGAAAAGUUUCUUGAAUUAUGUCUUGAUUUAUUAUAGAUUUCUUUAAUUGAAGGCAUAAAAAGUGUAUUAGUAGUUUUUUUUUAUUAUAUAAACAUUUUGAUCUCUUUGAUACAAUUAACUUGAUACUUAACUAUAACUAAGUAUCUUUACAUUAAUGUUUCAAUGUAAAGAUACUUAGUUAUAGUUAAGGCAACCAACAAAAUAAGUUUUUAUGUAUUUAGACUCUUACAAUUGUAAAAAAUUAAAUACAUCAUCAAAACAAGAAAAAACAUUUGAAACAAAAAUAUUUUAAUCAGAGCAGAAUAAGUUGGUAAAUGGCAAAUUAAAUAACACAAAACCCGUAAAUUAAAAAAAAACGUUAUUUAAAUUGUUUUAAUCUUAUUUAUAUUGCUUGCCAUGUUGAACUUGGAAAUUCAUAAAUUGUUAACAAUGUUUGCUCACUCUGUAAAAAAAAUAUGAAAGUGGUAAAAUAUACUUACACAUCAUAAUGUUAUGCAAAAAAUUAAUACUGGCCCCAAUACAAACCUUUGAGGUAUUACUCAAUUCACAACUUCAUUGUAGCUUUUAACUGAGGGAUCCUUUAAAAGUGAAUUUAUUCUUUUAUCUAAGAACAUAACCUUGAGAGAGUACAUUCCGUAGCAACAAAAAUGUUCAGUUACAGUAGUUAUAUAUUUCUCUAACUCUACAUUUCUUUUUCAGGUUCCUAAAUCCUCAUUACCUUGUCUUUAAUUUUUAUGUAUAAAUAUAAAAUUAUAACAAUAUUAAAUGUAUAGAUUCUAAAUCUGAAAUGAUUUAAUAAAAAUGUGCCAGCCAUCAAAUCAUAACUAGUUACUUUGUCAACAAGUAAGGCUGAAAAUAUCUUUUAGUUUAAAAGUAAGUAUAUAAUACAAUACUGAUUCAUAAUCAUGUUGAUCUUGAUAUUGUUCAAUUUAAUUUACUAUUUUUUUAUAUAGUUCUGCAAUAUUCCCAAUUGUCUUUAACAAAUUUGCUUUUUCUUUCUGUUCAACUAAUGACAGUUUAUUUUGUGAAUAUUACGCCAAUAAUUCAUUUUUUUGUUCCUCCUCCACUUUGGAAAACUCUAUCUGUAUUUAUUCUGCUUCUCCAUUAUUCCUUGAAAAUUCCUUUUUGUAUUUAUUGUUUCUAAAUUUAAAGUUUUCAUCAUAUUUUAUACUUAAAAACCAAUACAUCGUUAUGUUUCAUUGUUGCGUUUAUAAAACAAAUUUAUGAAGAAAAGUUUAUUUUAAAAUUUAAGCUCUUUAACUUUGUUGUUUACAUUUUAUUGUCAUUUUGUAGAUCUCGUAGCUAUCUUUAGAUUAGUUCCUCUAAUCUUCAUAUCUUCUGAAUAGUGUUUAUUUUUCUCUCCACAAGCAGUGUUUGUUGAAUAACAAACAACUUUUUGUCAGUUUUUACUUUUCAGUGAAGGAAAUAUAUAGCUCUAUUUCACUAAUAAGACACUCUUGGUAUCCUUUCCUUUAGUUUGCAGUGAUGAAAUCCCUUCACAAAGUGUAUAAAUUAAAUUUCCAAUCACUUGCCUUUCCUGUGUAAAUGUUCAAAUAAAUAACAAUAAACCCAUUUACAAUAUUUAAUAGCUUUUUCUUUUACAGUUUCUCUGAUCGCUUUUCUCCCUCAAUUUAAUCUGUAGUUUUUUACUUCUGCCCAUAUUCUGACUUAACAUUGUCCAAUCUCGUUCUUAGCUAUAGUUAUUGUUCGUUUUGUAUUCCAAUCUCUAAAUGGCAAUGGGAUUUAUAAAACACUAAGCUGCUUUCACUAUUGAAGAAUUUCUUUGUAAGACUAUGCUGUUGAUGUCAGCUUAAUCUCUAAUAAUGGGAGAAUACUUACUCCCAAUCAGGUGUUGUGUUCUUAACAUUACUUGUGUAGGAUUGGAUUAUGUCCAUACAAUACAGUGAGACUAUAACCGAGAUGAAAAUGUUUUUGAUACAGGUAGAACUGGUUUUUUAUUUUUGUAUUCAGCUUAGAAUCAUAUACUCCUGGAGCAGAAACUCAGGUUGUCUCUUCAUUGAGGUGAUGAACUUUUGCCUUUACAAACGAGUCUUGAGAUCUAGGUGUACAAAUAACCUAUUGAAACAAUGUACAAUAACUGUAACAAUUUUAACAUUAUGCAAAUUUGCUACGAAUAGAAAAUAUAUUCAUUAGAGAUUUCUGUAUUGUCCAUCACUUAAAUCUUCUUUCUUCAACAAAUUGCAGUAGUCACCAUAGUAUUCAUAUACAGGUGUGAUUAAUAAGUAAGUGUUACUAAUUGAUAUAUUUGUCAUGUUUUUAUUUUCAGUUUAUCACAUAAAUAAAGAUAUUUUAGGUUAAUAUUUUCCCACCAAACACCAUGAUCAGAACCUUUAGUUAUAAUUAUAAAGUUUGUAGUUAUAAUUUUAUUUCUAAGUACCUUAACAUUCUGUUAGUGAGUUAAUAUUUUAGUUCCAUAAUAUAGUUUUUAGAACUUUUGUAAAUAAAAUUAUUCUUUUUGGCACUUU